AACCCUCUUGUGGAGCCUGAGUUUCCUUCUGUGGACACCCACGCAGAGUGCAGCCCGGGUUAAGAACUUACUUCUUUAAGGUCGAAUGCUGUUCCACCGUGUCGAUGUGCGCUGUGCCCGUUCCCCAGCUGAUGCGCAUUGGGUUGUUCGCCCCGUCGCCGUGUUUGAUGCUCUGGAGCACACCGUUGCAAACUUUUAUGUGGCUAGGUGGAGUCUGGAGGGUGAGAGGAAGGAAUUGAGGGCAGAGCCAGACCAUGGAACUCCCCAACUACAGCCAGCAGCUGCUUCUGCAGCUCUACACCCUGUGCAAGGAGCAGCGGUUCUGUGAUUGCACCAUUUCCAUUGGCAAUAUCUACUUCAGGGCCCAUAAACCAGUCCUGGCGGCGGCCAGCCUCCUGUUCAAAACCCUGCUGGAUAGCACAGACGCCAUCUCCAUCGAUGCAUCAGUGGUGAGCCCUGAGGAGUUUGCCCUCUUGCUAGAAAUUACAUACACUGGCAAGCUCCCUGUGGGCAAGCACAACUUCUCCAAGAUCAUCUCCUUAGCGGAUAGCCUGCAGAUGUUUGACGUGGCUGUCAGCUGUAAGAAUCUUUUGACUGAUCUCGUAAACUGCUCCGUCCAGGGCCAGGUGGUGAGGGAUCUCUCAGUGCUGUCCUCAGGGGCAGGUGGCAAGGAAUCAGAGAAGGCUCAACUGGAAGUCCUUUCCUCUGACGGUGCUGGGAAGCCCUCUUCUUCCCUGGAAGAUGCUGCCAUGCCAGCAGGCCCCAAGAAAGCCGAGACCCAGGAAGCAAUCCAUGUGGCUCCUGUAGAGAUGAAUGCAGACACUCCCAUUGCCCAGGAGGUUCAGGUGGCUGCAGAGGCUGCAGGGAUGGCCCCUCACACGGCUGAAGUUUGUUCUCCUUCCCCUGUUGGACAGAUCCCAAAUAAGUCAAAGGAGGCCAACAUGGAAGCAGAAUGUGAGAGGAAGCAGGACCAACUGAAUUUCCUGCUAGAACAUGAAUGUGUCUUCUCAAACGCAGUCUUGCUCACCCAGGAUGUGUUGCACAGACUGGAAGAGUGCUCAGAGAUUAAAGGCUCUCAGAAAGAGACCAUAAUGGACUGUCUCAAGGGUGAAGGAGGGGCCUCAGCAUUCCAGAGAAUCCUGGACAGGGUGCACAGUGGGAGCCUGGACGUGCAGGCGGCCUUGUCUCUGGUGAGGCUGUACCGAGAGUCUUCACUGACAGAGGACUCAUCUCAGGCUCAGCCAGAAGGGAGCGCAGGGGAGGGAAAGACCUUGUCUGUUCUGUUACUGGAACACAAAGAGGACCUGAUCCAGUGUGUAACACAGCUCAGACCUAUUGUGGAGUUCCUGGAAACAGCCAAGGAGGAAUUCCUGCCUGGCUCCGAAAAAAGGGUGAUUCUGAACUGCUGUGAGGGCAAAACACCCAAGGAGACGGUAGAGAGUUUGUUGCACAGAGUGACUGAAGAGAAGGCCCUGCCUGCCGAGAGCCUGGUAAAACUCCUCCAGGCAGUGAGGACAGCAUUCCCAAACCUGGGCCUCCUGCUGGAGAAUUUGCAGAAAGUCGCGGAGUCACCCGGCACCACAGGACUGGCCAGGGUUAUCUGUGAAACUGAACGGACAGAGGGGCCCAGGACGCCAUGCAUUCCAGCAGACCCUGUGGAUGGAUCCCACAUUAGCCCCGAUGGUUACGGCGCUGAGCUAUUAAGAAAGUACCACGAAAACCUGUCUGAGAUUCUCACAGACAACCAGGUGCUGCUAAAGGUGAUCUCAGAUGUGAAGAGCUUAGCCCCUGGAGACAGAGAGGUCAUGGAGACGCUUGUGAAACAGGACUCUGGUUCAGGUGGCUUCAGUUCCCUCAUGUCAGCAGCUCUGGAAAGGAAGACUCUCUCUGCAACAGCCAUUUGGCAACUGCUGCUAGCGGCUCAAGAGACCGAGACCUGUCCACUGAACCUGCUCCUGGAGGAAGUAGGCAAGGAGCCUGGCGCUGGUGCUUUCUUCCAGGCAGUGACUGCCCCAGAGAGCGCUGUGUUGGAAGCAGUCCUGAGGCAUAGCAAGCUGGUCACAGAGGCCAUCCAGCAGGCGGUGGGGCUCGAGCGCUUGUCUUCAGAGGAGGAGCACCUGGCUGAGAUUGUGAAAGAGAUGCUGAGCAUAUCCUCUGAGACAGUGAGUCCUGAAGCCUCCUUGAGAGCAGUGCUGAUCAGGGCAAUGGAGAACUCUAACUCAGCCUCUGUGAUCUGUCACCUCCUGUGCAGCGUCCACCAGUCUUUCCCUGGCCUGGAACCCCUCAUGCAGGAGUUGGCACGUGUUGGUUUCCUUACCAAGGAAAACGGAGUGGAGAGGUGGAAGGUGACUGAGGUGCUUCACCCUGGAGCCAAGGACAAAGAGGAGAAAGCAGCCAAGGCAGCUGGAGAAGACUGCCAGCCCAUGGAACAGAAGGAUCUGGGGGAGCCUGGGUUUGUGCCAGAGCAGCAGGAGAAAGACACUUCUGCCUCCCAGGACUCUGCCAAGAAGAGCUUCGUCUGCAAAGCCUGUGACAAGAGCUUCCAUUUCUACUGCCGGCUGAAGGUGCACAUGAGGCGCUGCCGGGUGGCCAAGAGCAAACAGGUGCAGAGUAAGGACAGCAGUGAGACCAAGGACUCGGAGAAGGAGCUGGAGAAGCACCAGCUUGAGGCCCGCAGAGCGGGUGGAGAGCCUGAUGUCCCCAAGAAAAAGAAGAAGCGGCUGCCAGUGACAUGUGACCUCUGCGGAAGGGAGUUUGCCCAUGCCUCAGGCAUGCAGUACCACAAGCUGACCGAGCACUUUGACGAAAAACCUUUCUCCUGUGAGGAAUGUGGAGCAAAGUUUGCAGCCAACUCCACCCUAAAGAACCACCUGCGCCUUCACACCGGGGACCGCCCCUUCAUGUGCAAGCACUGCCUCAUGACCUUCACUCAGGCCUCAGCCCUGGCUUACCACACCAAGAAGAAGCACUCGGAAGGGAAAAUGUACGCAUGCCAGUACUGCGACGCUGUGUUCGCCCAGUCUAUUGAGCUGUCCCGGCAUGUGAGGACCCACACGGGGGACAAGCCAUAUGUCUGCAGGGACUGUGGAAAGGGUUUUCGGCAAGCCAACGGCCUCUCCAUCCACCUGCACACCUUUCACACAGACAUAGAAGAUCCUUAUGACUGCAAGAAAUGCAGGAUGAGCUUCUCCACGCUGCAGGAUCACCGGAAACACAUCCAUGAGGUGCACUCCAAGGAGUACCACCCCUGCCCCACGUGUGGGAAGAUCUUCAGCGCCCCUUCCAUGCUGGAGCGGCACGUGGUGACCCACGUUGGAGGGAAGCCCUUCAGCUGCGGGAUCUGCAACAAGGCCUAUCAGCAAUUGUCUGGUUUGUGGUACCACAAUCGGACACACCACCCAGAUGUGUUUGCUGCCCAGAACCAUCGGUCACCCAAGUUCUCUUCGCUGCAGUGCAGCUCCUGUGACAAGACCUUUCCCAACACCAUCGAACACAAGAAGCACAUUAAGGCAGAGCACGCAGAUCUGAAGUUCCAUGAGUGUGACCAGUGUAAGGAGCUCUUCCCCACACCAGCUCUGCUGCAGGUUCACGUCAGAUGCCAGCACUCAGGGACGCAGCCAUUCCGGUGCUUGUACUGUGCGGCCACUUUCCGCUUCCCCGGAGCGCUGCAGCACCAUGUCACCACAGAGCACUUCAAACAGUCAGAGAGCACCUUCCCCUGUGAACUCUGUGGCGAGCUCUUCACCUCCCAGGCCCAGCUUGAUGGCCACCUGGAGUCUGAGCACCCAAAGGCGACAGGCACUGAGACCCAGGCGGCCGCCUCUCUCAUGGUGCAGGUGAUCCAGGCUCCAGAGGCAGUGGCCCCAGCCGAGCAGGUGAUUGCUUUGGAGGAGACACAGCUUGCUGGCUCCCAGGUGUUUGUGACCUUGCCAGAGUCACAGACCUCCCAGAACAGCUCUGAGCUUGUGGCAGUGACUGUGGAGGAUCUGCUGGAUGGUACUGUCACCCUGAUCUGUGGCGAGGCCAAGUGAGCAGCUGCUCCUGCAGUAGAGGAACCUGCACGGUACCAGAGAGGAUGCUCAGCCGCCUGCCUCUGCUCUAGCUGCUUGGCUCAGUUUCACCCUGGUGCUGUCACUUGGGAAACAGUGGCUUUGUCGUUUUCCUAGGAUCCACAGUGUCUGAGCCAGCCACACUGACGCCAGCACUGCUGCCGUUCAUGGCAGACAGCCUCAGUCCUCCAGGCUGCAGCUCGGGCCUGGAUUCCCACCCCCCAGGGAAGUCUGGCUUCUGAAAUCAGAAUCUAAAGAAGUAGUGGACCAGUGCUGGUGGCCAGGAUAGCCAAGGAGAUACAGCAUUCAGGCUGCCCUCAGGAGCAGGGGUCUGCAGACACCUCCAGUGCCUCCGCCAGUGAAGCGCCCACACAGCCUUCAGGUGCCCCAGCUUGGCAGCCUGUCCUUCUCCACUUCCCCCAGCCUCCCCCGUGUGCUGGUGCCCCUGGGAGGCUGCAAAAUGGGUGGCAGUGUUAACAAUGCAGGAAGCCCUCAUUGCCGUUCCUGAUCAAUUCCUGCUCUGCCUUUCCCAAAACAAAGCUUUGGAGGGUUCCCAGUGGGGGGUGGGGGGGACGCAGCUUCAUGUGGGGCCAUCCAGCUGUAGCUGCCUUCCUGGGUGUUCUUCCUUAUCAGAGUUUCCCUGUGAUGCUCCAGACUUCUAAUCAAGGCUGAAAUGUCGCCUCAGCCUGGAGACCUCUUGCUGGCUUCCUCUGUAGCAUGUGAUAGCCUAAUGAACCAGCUCCUGGGGACAGGCCUAUGCCUGCAUGUGAUGGAUUAAGAACAUUCGAGGUGGCCUCUGCUUCUCCUCUCGCUGGCCCACAUGCCUGGUGCAUGGCCUGUUCUCUGGAGCCCCGCAGGCCACAUGUUUACCGAAGGUCCAUGCUUCUUUCAAGUCUGAGUGUCACAGAGCUUUUUAUCUUUAGUUCCUGAAAUACAGUCUGAUAAUUGAUGGCCUGUGGAAUGCAGUUGGAAGUGCAAUUAGAUGGAUGUUGGUUCCUGCUGCUUAGAGAGAAGGGCUCACAUUUAUCUUCCUUUCUUAGAAGCCAAAAGAGAGAAGUGGGCUAUCAUAGUAUUUACCCAUCAGGCAGGGCUCCUUGCCACCUGGUGUGGCUGACUCCUUACAGAGAGGAAUGGCCAGACUGGUCACUCACCUUUAAGCCACCUGCUAUCAAAGGUAAGCCCACACCUUCCUCCACGCGUAGCUCACAUGAGCACGUGCGGUGAUACGGGUUAAGUCUGCUCAUGGUGGAGGUGCCUUACCACCAUUCCUCCAGCCAGCUCACUGGAGGGCAGGAGGUCACACCUUAACCUGACAGAGGUGUUCAGGGCUGCCCUUUGGCCCCAGCUUGCCACAGGCAGCCCUAGUGAGUUUCUAAGCUGGAUUCCAGUUCUCCUCAUCAACCCCACCCUUCUCAAUGUAUGUGCAUAUUGCUUGAACUUAACAAUUAGGGAAUCUUCCCAUUCUAAAGUAAAUGUUUUCGAAGCAAGUCAGCCUCAGAACCAAACAUUGACCAGAAGAUGGUGCUCAAACAUCAAGGCUUCACCUCCCUGGAAGCUUGGCUUCUACACUGCAGCCCUUGCCUGCUGGCUUUCAGACCCGUGCCAGCAGGCCUGGGAGCUCUUGAUCAGUGAGUGGUGUGACUGUUUCUCAGUCCCUCCGCAUCAAAUGACCCAUCAAAUGAUUCCACAGUGGAAUAACACAUGCUUCCAGGCUUCUGUCAGGAACAGCAAGCACCUCAUAAGCCAUGAGAGAGUUAGGAACUGUAAUGAGUGUCACCCACAAAGGCUCUUCCUGGCAAAAAGCAAACAUUGCAGAGGGCCUGUGAGGGAAAUUUAGUCUUUAAAUACGAAGGGCUGUAAGUUGGAAACCUGAGUGUCAGACUUUUCCCAGGCUGAAAAGCCCCGUCUCCAGUUCCCUGGUACCCAGGUGGUGCUCAGGCACAUGCUUGCUUCUGUAGUUUGCUGCAGAGAGCCCGAGGGCAGGUAGGCUUGGAUGCACAGCUCUGGAGCACUAGAGGCACCACAGUGCUGGAUCUCAGGGGCACAGGGAGUUCCCAUCCUCGUCGAGGUCUGUGCUGGUGACUGGUGACCGGUGGCCUCUGUGCCAGCUGCCUGACUGUUUACUGUGACUCUGAAGAGGGCUGGGAAGAGUCUCCACCUGCUGCCCCAGAGAGCUGCCACAUGGGCCUCCUUAAUCCAUGUUGCUUUUGCAAUGGAAGUAUGGUUCCAUUUGCUUCAUCCUCAUGAAGCCUGCCUGCCUUGGGCAGCAGCUAGAGGAGUUCCUUGGAGUUUGUGUAUUUGAGCAGUGGGGUCUCGAUCCUCCCCAGGGCUCAUGAUUCAGCUACUAAAGAGGGAAAGGCAGAUGCCAAGCUGGAGUCUGGUUAGCCUGUCACAGUGCAUGCAUAGCAAGCAGGUGGCUGAAGAACAAAGACUAGGUAAGAACAAGUGAGACUUGCUGUCCAAAUGUGUGGGCAGAGGCUCGGCCAUACAAGGCCUUUCUCAGUUGUUUUACAAGCCUGGCCUCUUCUGUCUCCAAAGUCCUGUGCUGGAAAAGCUUUGAAUUUAGUCGCUACCCAAGCUAUGGCGUAAGCUCUGGUCCUGUUUGUUGUAGUGGCCAUUCCAAGGAAACUGUGGCCCAUGCUGACUUCGGGAGAUACCUCAGCUUCAUCCCUACAGCCUACCUCUGAUGGUCAGGGCUGAGCGAUGAGAUAAGGGUCAGACAUGCCAUAUGAGAAAGAAAGCUCUCUGUAGUCUUGAUAAUGGAAGGGUGUGCCUUUAAAUGACAUGUGCCUGAGAACCUGUGCUGACAGAGGAUGGAGACACUGGCAGCCUCACUUAGAGCAGGCAGCUGCUUCCAAGUGUUUCUUUUGAAACUAGAAAGUUGGCCAGCAGUAGAGAUGACACUGGUUUGCUCCAGCCAGCUCUCCCAGCCCAGCCUUGUUCUGCUGAGUUCUGUAUAUCCCAGCAAAUACUUGGGAGAACUUGGGAGUGAAAGACUUGGCUAAGGGAGUCAAGGGCAGUUUUAUUGCUACGGAAACUUUGGGGUGCUGAGAACUUACACUAAAAACUCAGAAACUCAAGCUUACUCCAGUCUAACUGGGCCUAUAAAGAAGAGGAGAAUGGUACCUUCUUUGGGGAAAUCAUUUCUUGAGCUAAUUUACAUUAUCUCCAAGUUUGUGAAAAGGGUCGAGGUUUCCUGGAGCCAGGCCAUUUCCUCCUGUGAGCAGGAUGGCCAGCUGCAUGAGGAGUUGUGUAAACUGGAUUGCAGGCUAGAACUGCUCAACAUGCACUGUGGAUAGAAAUAAAGGAUGUGCUUUGGAGCAACCAUGGUGCUUGUGAA